AGACGUUCGAGCGAGUAAAAAUUUGACACUUGAUGCGCGCCAAAUGUCAUCAUUUUGCAUCAAAAAUUUUUGUACUGCGCGCCAAUAAUGGAAGAAGAGAGUGAAAAAUUAAAUUCACCGGUUACUCAACUGCUAGUAAGGUCCCGGCUUGACCUGGAGCCCGAGUUUGCUGGCGGGAGGAGGAAAAAGUCCGUCCUAUGGGGUAAGGUCGUCGAUAAUAUGCGUUUAAUAAAUCCCGAAGUGUCCCAAACAAAGGAGUUUAUGCAAAGGAAAUUUUUAAAUUUGUUUGCGACGUAUAAGAGGAUUAAAAAACGCAACGACGCGACAGGUCGAGGUGCCACGACAUGGGAAUAUUUUAAAGAUUUUGACAGCGUGUUUGGUAAUAGGCACUCCAUUGAGUCCGUCCUAUGGGGUAAGGUCGUCGAUAAUAUGCGUUUAAUAAAUCCCGAAGUGUCCCAAACAAAGGAGUUUAUGCAAAGGAAAUUUUUAAAUUUGUUUGCGACGUAUAAGAGGAUUAAAAAACGCAACGACGCGACAGGUCGAGGUGCCACGACAUGGGAAUAUUUUAAAGAUUUUGACAGCGUGUUUGGUAAUAGGCACUCCAUUGAGCCUCCCAUAAGAAACCUCCAGAGCUCACUGCAAUCUUUAGUCGAAAGUGGAGUGAGUGAGGAGGAAAGGUGCGCGGAAGAAAGCGAGGCAGAAGGUGUCAGCCGGAAAAAACGACCAAAAACUAUUGCAUCUGAGACAUUGGAUUUUUUUAAAGAAGAAGCGCGGAAGGAGCAGAUUCGGCACGAAGAAACUAUGCUGAUCGAAAAGGAAAAAUUGCUAGUUGACAAGGAGAGGAUAAAAGCAAUGUUGGACUUGCGGCAAGUUUUGGAGGGAUUGUGCCAAAAAUAAAAAGUGUUCAUUUUUUAAUAAACUUUAUGUUUAUAUUCAUGUAAUAUAUAUUAUUAGUAAAAACAAGUUCCUAUUCAUUCAUUCAUGUUCAUUUUUUAAUAAACUUUAUGUUUAUAUUCAUGUAAUAUAUAUUCUUAUUCCAUAUAAUU